CAUUGUCAUUCUUGUAUGUCAAUUUGAUAAUAUUCGUAUGAACAUGAACUGUAAAACUCAUUCUUAAUUCAGACAUUUUAACAAACAGUUGUUUUCGUCUCUGCAUUUUAUUAUACCUUUUAACAUUUCGUGAAAUUAAAGAUGAAAUUUUAUUAUUUGAUUUUUAUAUUUUUGACAUCUGCUGCUGUUUGGAAGAUUGGAUUAUCGCUAGCAAUUGAAGGGGAAACCGAGCAUUCAAAUAUUGUCAAACGUGCAGCACAAUUUCCCGGAAGCCCUCCUCAGGAUCAUAAAAAUACAGGAAAUACAUAUCUAAAUCAAACAUCAAACGUUGGAGAAGGCAGAAAUGAUGGGCUCCUUCCUAGAGGCAUGUCAGUUCGAACAUAAAAUAAUAAAAUACUGACAUAUUUUUGUACCGAUCUUUUUAAAUUACUUUGUGCAAUAAAAAAUGUAUAAA